AUUUCCCCUUCAAGCUCGCACGAAGCUGCGAAUGAACUCUAUUUCACGGAAGAGGCAGCCGACUUUCUGCGCGAACAAUUGAAGGUUAUUUCUUUGCCCGACUUGUCAUCCAUUGAACAGGCCCAAUUACUUGCUUUGAUUGAUACCAUAAUCGAGGUGGAAAGCCAAAAAAGAAGUUUGGAUGAAAACGGAGUUCGAUAUGUUUUUUUUAUGAGAAGAUUUCAUCAAUUGAAUCGGAUAACGCUAUCAACUGUGCGAACUCCUGGGCUGAACUAUCGUGACAUGAAUUGGGCUUUGCAUAGUGACUCUCAGGAUUUGCUAAUAGAAUACAGCAUGGCGGCAUCGGGCGGCAAAUUUUUAUGGAAGGACGCAAGGGUUCACGGAAUAUUCUUAUGGAUUAGGAAUAACGAAACGGUGCGACAACAAAUGGAAAUUCUGGCACGCAAUCAAUAUAUGUUAAAAGACUAUAGCGACGAGAUCUUGAAGCG